AUGGAGUUGAAAAACAUUGCAAUACAUGAAAUGAUCUCUACUGAGAUCAAAGUCAAGGUAGAAACAAAAGAUGAUGAAGUGAAAAUUAAUGAACUCAUUUCGGUUCUUUCUUCUGGUGAAAAAAACAGGUAUAUAUCCAAAGUUAAAAAAUUGACAUUAGGGGUUAAUUAUGAGACAUUUCCCGAUACUGGACUAUCCGAUACUGGACUAUACGACGAUGUUAUUGGCGAAGAAUGGUGGGAUAAUUCGUGCAAUACUGUGAUUAAACUAUUAAUCGAAAAUAAUCAUCUGAAUUUGGAAUGUUUCACCCUCUACUGUUUUGAAAUUGGGAGGAUUGACCUUUCAGAAUUAAUCUCUACUAAUAGUAAAACACUUAAAGAAGUUCAAGUAUUCACAAUGUGCGGAAAGAUCACGGAUCAACAUAUAAACAUGUUUAGCAAACACUGCAAUAACUUGGAAUUUUUCUCUAUGACGGUUCAUCCGCUUAAUUGCUUUGAAGUUAAUAGGUAUAUUACAGACAAGGCAGUAAUAAGACUCGUUUCCGCAAAUCCAAAGAUAAAAUAUUUAGAUCUUGGUUCGUGUGAAAAGUUAACAAAUAUAUCUCUAGAAUGUAUCGCUUUGUUUUGUGAGCAUAUCUGA